AUGUCUUCAUUGCUGCUGAACCUGGACUUUGGGGAACCUCCUCCAAAAAAGGCAUUAGAAGGCAAUGCCAAGCACCGAAGUUUUGUCAAGAGGCGGCGGCUCUUGGAGCGGAAAGGCUUUCUGAACAAAAAGAACCAGCCCCCUAGCAAGGCUCCCAAGUUGCACGCAGACCCUCCAAAGAAAGCGGAAGCUCCUAAAGUGGAUGGCGCUUGGCAGAUCCCUUCCCUGUCAAGAAAGAAGACAGGGGCCCCCAGCACCGGGGCAGAACAGCCCCUGGGGAAGAAGGCUGCAGUGUCUUGGCUGACCCCUGCCCCUUCCAAGAAGGCCGACACGGUUGUAGCGCAGGUGGAUUUGCUGGGGGAGUUCCAUAGUGCCCUUCCGAAGAUUAAGAGCCACCCCACCUGCCCCCAGAAGAAAGGCUCCCAGAAGAAUGCCGCCCCGAAUCCCGCCCAGGCUCACUCCGAGAAUAAGCUCUCCCGAGCAGCCCAGAAGGCUCCGAGCAAGAUGGUGGCGAUUGACUGUGAGAUGGUGGGCACAGGCCCCAAGGGGCACGUCAGCUCCCUUGCUCGGUGUAGCAUCGUCAACUACAACAGGGACGUGCUGUACGACGAGUACAUCCUGCCCCCGUGCCGCAUCGUGGACUACAGGACCAGGUGGAGUGGCAUCCGGAAACAGCACAUGCUCAAUGCCACACCCUUCAAGACUGCUCGCAGCCAGAUCCUGAAGAUCCUCGCAGGGAAGAUAGUGGUGGGGCACGCCAUCCACAAUGACUUCAAAGCCCUCCAGUACUUUCACCCCAAGUCCCUGACCCGUGACACCUCCCACAUCCCCCUGCUCAACCGGAAGGCCGACUUCCCGGAGAACGCCACCAUGUCUCUGAAGCGCCUCAACAAGAAGCUGCUGGACCGGAACAUCCAGGUGGGCAAGAGUGGACAUUCGUCCGUGGAGGAUGCCCAGGCCACCAUGUAGCUUUACAAGCUGAUUGAAGUCGAAUGGGAGCAGCACCUGGCCCAGAACCCCCCAAAAGACUAGCAGUGGUGGGAACACUGGUGUUGCGGGGAGGCAGAGGCAGCCCCCCAGGAGAACCAGGGCACUGGGCCAUGGAUGGGUGCUGCACCAGCUCCACGCCGUUGGAAGCUAGACUUGUUGGGAAGAGAAAGGCUCGCCCUAGACUUAAUACCCAUUGAAACUUCACCUGAGCUACUGUGUCCGUGUCUGGUUGAGCAUCCCAUGGAAGGGGAAGCCCCUGUCAGAACCCAGCCCCAGAGUGUUUACCUUCUUAAAUGGUGCUAACCGCAGGUCCCAGAGGACUUUG